UUUACGCUGUGAAUUUUCAGUGUUUCAGUAUUAAUUAUUUAAGCAAUUAGUGAUAAAACGCGGUAAUCAAUUAGAAAAUUUAAUAUUUACCAAACAGCUUAUUCCGAAUCUAUUUUGUUUAAGAACUCGUGUUUGUUUUUUCAAAAUUCGAAUGCCGAUUUGCUUCCUGAAGGCCCAUUUAUAAACUGUUUGGCAUGUCGCUCUAACAUUUGAAGCUAUACAACCAGUAUACCUCACAAAAUGACCAUCCAGCCAUUCAGAAGGAAGUCGUUUAAAAUCCUCAGCACAUACCUAAAUACGUAAACUUUUAGACAAAAAACCAGACUUAAGAAAAAAACAAUUAAUUUAAGUAGUGAAAUUAUUGUUCCUUAUUUAUUGAAAAGUGAUAUUAGUGUAAGUUUGUGUGGUGCCAUUAUUGCUAGGAUUAUUGCUGAUACUUAUAGUAAAGAUGUAUAAAUUGUGGUGUGUUUUCGGCGCGAUGCUCGCGGUAGCUGCGGGCAUGGACCGCAGCAAGCUACCUCCGACCUGUGACAGUUUGAUAUACUGUCACGGGCCACUCCUCGACACUGUCCAGAUGGCGGGACUGUACAACGACUCCAAGACCUUCGUUGAUAUGAAGCUCAAGCUCUCAGCCAACAUCACCAUGGAGCACUUCAAAGAAAUGAUGGCCAGGACAGGUUCACACCCGACCAAGGCUGACAUCCAGGAGUUUGUGAACCAGAACUUCGACCCAGAAGGAUCCGAGUUUGAGGAGUGGAGACCUACUGACUGGAAGGAUAACCCUGCAUUUCUCCAAAGAAUCAAAGACCCGUUGCUCCACCAGUGGGCUUCGGAGCUGAACAGGCUAUGGCUGCAGCUUGGCAGGAAGAUGAAGGAGGACGUUAAGCAGAACCAGGAUCUGUACUCCAUCAUAUACGUGGACAACCCAGUUAUUGUACCCGGUGGUCGUUUCCGAGAGUUCUACUACUGGGACUCGUACUGGAUCAUCAAAGGUCUCCUGCUCUCCGAGAUGAGGUCCACCGCUAAGGGUAUGGUCUCCAACUUCAUGAACAUCGUCGAGAGGAUCGGCUUCAUACCUAAUGGAGGCAGGAUAUACUAUGCCAUGAGAUCCCAGCCCCCUCUCCUUAUCCCGAUGGUACAGAUCAUCAUGGAGGACAUGGAUGACGAGGAGUUCCUGCGGCAACACAUCCACACACUGGACCGGGAGUUCGACUUCUGGAUGACCAAUCACACUGUGGAAAUCGAUCAUGAGGGGCACAGGUACACGCUGGCAAGGUACUACGACCAGUCGCAGGGACCCCGACCGGAGAGUUACAAGGAAGAUAUCGACUGUGCCAAACAUUUUGACACAAAUGACAAGAAGGAAGAGCUCUACGCCGAGCUGAAGGCGGCCGCGGAGUCCGGGUGGGACUUCUCCUCUAGGUGGUUCAUACUCAACGAUACUAAUAAAGAAGUUCAACGUCAAAUAAAUGAGCUAUUAAUGUUGACCGGGUAUCGGCAAGUUGGUGGUAACCUCACAAACUUGAAGACCCGCUCCAUCAUCCCUGUGGAUCUAAAUGCUAUAAUGUGCUGGAACGCGCAGCUGCUUCGCGACUUCCAUACCCGUCUGGGCAAUAUCGAUAAAGCAGAGUAUUAUAGAAACGUACAUGCGAGAUUCAUGGAGGCUAUCGAAAAAGUUCUGUGGCAUGAAGAUGUAGGAGUAUGGCUGGACUACAGCCUGGAGUCCCGCCGCCGACGAGACUACUUCUACCCAUCAAACGUCUCUCCCCUCUGGACAGGAUGCUAUGACGUGGCAAGAAAGGAGUAUUAUGUCAACAGAGUCAUCAACUACUUGGAUAAAGUUAAGGUGGACAUUUUCGAUGGUGGUAUCCCCACGACUUUCGAGCACUCUGGCGAACAGUGGGACUACCCCAACGCAUGGCCACCACUUCAAUACAUCGUGGUGAUGGGGUUGGCCAACACUGGGCUACCAGAGGCUAUGCGGUACGCUAAUGAAAUUGCCACCAAGUGGGUCAGAUCGAACUUCGAAGUAUGGAAGCAGAAGACAGCUAUGCUUGAAAAGUAUGACGCGACAAUCUUCGGUGGUUUCGGAGGUGGUGGCGAGUACGUUGUGCAGACUGGAUUCGGUUGGACCAAUGGAGUUAUCAUGGCUAUGCUCAACCGAUACGGAGAUGCGUUGUCUGCAGCGGACGCGUUUGGGACCGGCGCCGCCGAGUCGUCGGGAGCCGUGUACGGAGCCCAUGUCGGGGCCAGCGGCGUGGCGACCGCUGUGCUCGUCGUACUCGCUUCUGUAGCUGCCGGGGCUCUUGGACUGAUGGUGUACAGAAAACGCAAAGAUUACAUCAGGGUGAGUGGCGGAGAAGACUACAAGCUGCUCUCUCGAAGGCCUUAUACAGAACUGCGAAGCCUCAACGGGGCGUCGAACCCGAGACAGCGGUGAACACAACCUACCUCCCCUACUUCUGCGACAUAGUGAGAAACCAUCUUCUUCAGUAAUUUAAAGUAGUUGGUUAAUGGGAAACUAAUUAUAAUAUCAGGAUUAUUAUUCAUAAUUCGUCUUUCAUAGUUUGAUACAAAGAUGUUUCUAUGUAAAUUAUUUUAAAAAUUACCUCCAAAAAUAUAGAAUUUUUUUUAAAGUAAUAAUACUAGCAAGCUAUAUAAAAACUACAUUCACAAACUUUGUUCUUGACGGCAAAAAUAAUUCUCCAUUCAGGCCUUUUUAAAACCUAGUCUCAUUACAACUCACAUGACAUUUAAUGCUUGGCAUCUCGUUUCUCACGUCACAGUAACUCAGUAGGAUAUACUAGUGUAUCUAUGUCAUUCUUAUGUACAAAUUUUGACGAAAUAUUUAACUACACAUGGAUAAUAAUACAUACUAGAAUAAACUUCAAAAGUAAACUAAAAUAAUCAUAAUUUGAACUUGGCUUCGACGCUCCGUAGUAGAUCAAUAUUAUUGCGUAAUGUUUAAAAUUGAACAUUAUUAUUGACAGUGUAGGGUUGAAGUUUGUGCAAUGAUCGAAUGCACAAUAUAAUUUAUUGUCUAAAAGCUUGGCCCUUCCUUUAAGUUUCACUCAGAAGAUAGUUUGUAUACAUAGCUAACAAUCAGAACAUUGUUUGUAUUAGAAAACAUAAUUUACUAUCAAUGUUUAGUUAAAUAAUUCGUUAUAAUAUUAAAUACUGGCGUUUGUAUGGUACCAAUUCUGCAGUGCUGUGAAAUUUGGUUUUUGGUGGUAUUUUGGUUCGAAACGUGGUAGCAAUGUAAUAUCUUCAGAAAUAUAUAUUUUAUUAGAAUCAAAACCACGAUAUUCGACCGCUUUACAACCUAACCUCCUUGUAUAUAAAUAGCUUAUGAAUAUAAUCGCUUGUAUUAAAGAAUAGAUUGUAUCUUAAACUUUAGUUAGGCGAAAAUGUUAAAGAAAUAUGUUCACAUUGAUCUUUCGAAGCUUCAAUCAGAUUAUUAGGCACAGGUCUCAUCUAUUUUCAUAUUGUAGUUAGAUUAAGGGACUUGUCUGUAUAAAUAUCUAACAUUUUUUUCUAAAUAUGUGUAUUGAAGCUCAAUAUUCUCCUUAGAAGCAAUAUGUCGUAUACUUGUUUAUGCAAUAGAGUUCUGAAAACGCAUUUCUAUUGUAUUUUAGUUUAUUAAAACCGUUGUCUCCUUUGUUAUAAUCAAUAUUAUUUAACAUUUUGAAAAGUGCAACACCUACUGUCCUUAGAAUAACUAACGCCAUCUAGUUAAAAGUUUACCGAACUAAACUAUCAAAGUUCAGUGACUUCAAAACUAGGUGGCGCUGUAAACAGUUAUUUUUAGGACUUGAUGAAAAGAGAAUUAUCGUAUUGAGGCUUUCGUAUUUAAAAAGUAACUUGUCAUCGCUGGCAAUGUAUCGCAACGCAACGAUAUUUCUCGCCUUUUCUUAAUAAAGAAGUCGCUACCACAUCUUUUCGAAAGAGACUCGGGAUAAUAUUUACAAAUCUACAAGUCAGUAAAUAUGGGUAUUAAAUUUGUAUUAUUAUUAAAAUUAGUUUAGCCUUAAAAUGUACACGGUACAUGUUAUUUGUACAUGUGUAUAUGCAUUUAUAUUUCUCAAGAAAUGCGCUUUCAGAAUUCGUGAUUUUCGCUUCACCUAUAGACAAAUGUGAUGUUUAAUGUAAGAUUUUUGUUUAUGGAUUUUAGCAAUAUUUAAAAAUGGUUAGUUGGUUUUUAAAUCAUUAGAAUACAAAUUACUAAUCUAUAGUUUGGGAGUCUUUCACUAAGAAAAAUAGUCCUAGGUAUUUUAAUUGGUUGAUUUUAAAAGUAAACAAUUUUUCAACAUUAAAAUGGUUUGAUUUACCUUUGGGACGUUUUUAUCCAUUUUUAAUAUAAUGUUAGCAGUGUUACAGCUAUUGUUUUAUUUCGUUAAUUAGCUCUUUUUAAUUAAUAUCAAUUUGGGUGCUGGUCACCUUGUAAGUCAGACAUCUAUUAGAUAUAUUUUUAAUCAUGACAUGUAAUAUCUAAAACAUUUUUAUUUAAAUAUGAUUUAUGUUUAUUUUUUUUAGACUCUCAUUAUAUGUGAUUGUUAAUUUUAUUUUUAGAAUUAUUUAUUGUUAAAUAUCAAUGUAUGAUAGCAUGAAUAAUACUUUAGAUUUGUCCGAGAUAUAACCUUUUAGAUGAAAUAUUAUUUGUCUUAAAACAUGUGAUGUUUUCCUGUCUACUCCAUUUAAUACCAGCCUGGAACUCAGGCAAAUAUGCAUCGCAUUAAAGGGAAAAACUUCAAAUUUACUGAAAUGACAUUUCUAUUUGACAAGUGACGUGACUUUGACUUGUCAGUUCAAUAUACUUGAGUGAUUUGUCAAGCUUUAGCGGAGAAAUAUGACUUGAAUAAGCUAUCAUGUUUUAAUAGAAAAGACAAAUAAGACAUAUAUUUUCAAAAUAUUAUCUUAAGAUCUAAAAACUAAAUUACUUUUUAUAAUCGAAACGUAUCGUUAGCUAUCAUAGUUAUUGUGAUAUGUAGAUAUCAGAAUAUCAUGUGAUCGUUUUUGUAGAGCCAAUCUACGAGCUAUUGAAGCAAAACUUGUGGUUCUGGAAGCAGGAUAGUGCUAUGCGCAGUGUAUUGCUAUCUAUCCUUUACGAUUAUUCCUGCUUUAAAGUUACUCUCGUGCUACAUGUCCUACUAAAUUAGCUAGGCUAAUAAGUGAAUUUAUUUUGACACCUUUUAUUUGUGGUUUUAAUAAAACACGAAAACGUAACAAAUAAUUUAUUCUACUCCUUCUGAAAAUAAAAUACCAGGUAUUAUUUAGUGUCUAUGAUAUUAUAGAUCUAAAAAAUAAGUAAAGAUUAACAUUUUGAAUUCAAUUUAGCUUGUGAUACUUUUUUGAAAAUCAACUGACAUUAAGAUUUAGGCGAUUUUUGUUCCUAGCCCAUAGUUUUUUAGUUAGCCAAUUAUUAUAAUGAUUGUUAAAAUGUUAGAUGUCUGCGCUACUUUUUUGUAGGAGCCAAACAUCGUUGCUUCGUAUGUCAUUGUGUAUUAGUUUAUAGUAUGAAUUUUGACAAAUAAAUAAGAUUUAUAAUUUA